AUGGUGCUGAGAUUAGGCAGCUGGGCUCCCCUGGGGCCUCUCCUCUCCCUGCUCUUUUCUACCACCAUGGCGUACAUUGCUACCAGAGAAAACUGCUGCAUAUUAGACGAACGAUUUGGUAGCUACUGCCCAACAACCUGUGGCAUUGCAGAUUUCUUUAAUAAAUACCAUCUCACUAUGGAUAGCGAACUGCAGGAAAUGGAGAGAAUGUUGCGGCAGAUUACUAACUCUACAGGAACAACAGAGCAUUUGAUUCAACACAUCCAAAGCCUCUAUCCUCCAGAGAGGCAGACACUGCCAAGUUCAGUUGAUGAUUUCACUAAAAAGUCCAAGAAAAUAAUUGAAGAAAUUAUCAGAUACGAAAACACAAUUUUGUCUCAUGAAAAUAUUAUACAACAGUUGACAGACACACAUAUACUGAACAGCAACAGGAUCACACAGCUGAAAGAGAAGGUUGCCCAGCUUGAGUCGCUAUGUCAGGAGCCAUGCAAAGACACGGCUGAAAUACAGGAGACAACUGGAAGAGAUUGUCAAGACAUUGCAAAUAAAGGUGCCAGAAAAAGUGGCCUUUACUUUAUCAAGCCUCAAAAAGCCAAGCAGUCAUUUCUAGUCUACUGUGAGAUUGACUCAUAUGGCAACGGCUGGACAGUAUUACAAAGGAGACUGGAUGGCAGUGAAGACUUCAAGAAAAAUUGGGUUCAGUAUAAGGAAGGAUUCGGACAUCUGUCUCCAGAUGACACCACUGAAUUCUGGCUGGGCAAUGAAAAGAUUCAUUUAAUAACUACACAGUCUGCUCUGCCAUACACCUUACGAAUAGAGCUGGAGGACUGGAGUGGCAAAAAAGGCACUGCUGACUAUGCUGUAUUCAAAGUGGGAAGUGAGGAAGACAAGUAUCGACUGACUUAUGCCUACUUUAUUGGUGGUGAAGCUGGGGAUGCCUUUGAUGGCUUUAAUUUUGGAGAUGAUCCAAGUGACAAAUCCUUCACCUUUCAUAAUGGCAUGCAGUUCAGUACCUAUGAUAAUGACAAUGAUAAAUAUGCUGGCAACUGUGCUGAGCAAGAUGGAUCUGGAUGGUGGAUGAAUAGAUGUCAUGCUGCCCACCUCAAUGGCAAAUACUAUAUAGAUGGUGUGUACACAUCGAAAGAUGCUGGUCCAGAUGGCUAUGACAAUGGCAUUAUCUGGGCAACCUGGCGUGACCGGUGGUACUCUAUGAAGAAGACUGCAAUGAAAAUCAUCCCGUUCAACAGACUGUCAGUCGAUGGACAGCAGCACAGCUUAGGAAGCACCAAACAGGUUAGACUACAGGGCUGA